UUCAGCUAAAUUGGCAAAACAAUUAAGGGUAGCUUUAACCAAUUUUUUUGAAAAACUUGACCUAAUAUCUGGAACAAUUGAAAUGUUAGGACCACCAGUUAGCAAAGAGUACAAUCACUAUUAAAUAAAUGCCUGAACACACCCCAACCCCAACUCCCAGUAGAGCCGUCUAUGGAUUUGUUAUGUACCUAUCCUUUAGGAUAUUUUUCAUUAUAUAUCUUAUUUGGGCUGUUGUACCAGAAAGCUAUUUUAGAUUAAUGGGAAUAACAUUUCUACCUCAAAGACAUUGGGCUAUAACUGUACCAAUUUAUUUACUUACGGUGCUCACCAUAGUUGCUUUUGUUAUUUAUCCUAGUUUAGGACUGUGUAUGACACCAGCUAUAGAUGAUAUAAGGACUAUCAGGGACGAAAUUGGGUGUAAAAGAAGAAAAAAUGGUAUUAGUUUAAGAGAUACAAAAAAGGAUUCUAGUUGUAUAUGUAAAGAUAAGGGUAAUUGUUGCAAAGAAUUGUAUGAAAGUAUUCAACAUACUUUUGCCAAUAAUGCUAUUCCAGUGUUGAGAGAUUUAGAUAUUUCAGAUGUAUCAGAACUGUUGUAUUUGGAUAAUAAAAUGAAUUGUUAAUGUUAUAUGAAUUUAACUUUAUCAUAAUUUCCAAGCCAUCAAUCGGCCCCAAAUAAAACACAUAAUUGGAAACUUUAGGGGACAUAAUAUUUGGAUAAUAGAUUAUUUGUCAGGCACUUAGGUUUAAGAACAACAAACUACUAAAUUGCUCUAUAGGUUUUAUAAACCAUUUUAUACAAAAUGUAAAUAAAUACAUAGUACAGAUUUGUUGUGCUGUUUCACAUCUUUCAACACAUUACUGAUAAAACGAUCCAAACAAUUGAGGAUUACAAGAAAUUGUUAAUGGUAGUAAAUCAAUUUAAAGACUAGUCAUUUUUAUUCGACAAAGUUAAAGUUCUAGAGAUAUAGUAACAGUUUCUCUAAGGCACCAUCACUUUAUCAGAUUUUCUUACAAUAAAGAGUUCAUAAGUUGAAAAUUUGCACAAUAGGUUUCAUACUAGAUUUACAUUUCUGCUUGAAAAGUCAGAUUGGCUC